AUGUGGCAGUUAAAAGAAGAUAUCUACUCAUUAUUUCAAUCAGAAAAAUAUGCUCCGAUCAAUGGAAUGCGAUCGAUUUCUUGUUUAGCUAUUGUUUCAUUACAUAUUGGUCACUUAUUAAAUUCAUUUAUUCCAUCUCACCCACAUAUAGAAUGGAUGAAUUACUUGAAUAGUUAUACAUACAGAUUAUCACCUCUUGCAGUGUUAUUAUUGGAAACAUUUUUUAUGUUAUCUGGUUUUCUUCUCACACUAAAAUUCAUUCAACAUCGAGAUUCUUUCUCAUGGAAAGAAUAUCCUUUGUAUAUAGUGACACGUGCUUGCCGUUUUUGGCCAGGUAUCUUACUGAUUACUAUAAUUAUGUUGAUAUUAGGUGAAUCACAAGGAGGUUGGAUACGUUUCUGGCUAUUUUAUCAAAAUUAUGUUAGUAUAGAACAAUGUUCAUGGGGUUUUGUUGCACUCUGGAGUGUCAGUCUUGAUAUGCAAAUGCAUAUUAUACUACCCAUCAUUCUACAUAUCGUCACCAGCUCGAAAGUGAAUUAUCAGAGGACUUAUUUAGCAUUAUAUAUACUUGUUAUAUUAUCCAUUGUUUAUUCAAUGCUUGUUUUUAAUCCAAAGACUAUGGAUUUGUUGGUGCAUUCAUAUCAUAAUAAUGCCUUGGCGCUAGGAGCGACGCAACAAUUUGUUGAUUGGGUCACAGUUGAAUAUAAUGUCACAUUGGGAUUUGACAAGGUACUUGAUCCCAGCCCAUUAAAAUCGUUCAUGGAACUAAUAUACAUGCCAGUGUUAGGUCGAUAUUCAAGUUUUAUAAUCGGAUCUAUUCUUGCAUUUAAUAUAAUUAAUGUCAAGAGUAACGCUAUGAUUCGUUAUGGAACGAUCAAAAAGUAUACUUAUUUAACAUUCAUUUUCCUAUAUAUGAUCAUAUUGACGAUACCACCUAAGCCAAAUGCAAUCAAUGAUGUAGUAUUAACAAUCAUGGUUUCCAUAUUGCGACAAAUAUUUGCAAUAGCACAAGCAUUUAUUCUCUUUUCGGCUAUUUGCCCACCCACACAUCCUUACUAUAGUCCGUGGAUUAGAUCAUUUCUAUCGCAUCCUAUCUGGACACCAAUUGCUAAAUUGAGUUAUCUGAUAUAUGUAAUUCAUUGUCGAAUUGCAUUAGAAUUGAUAAUGACUCACAGUCAUAUAUUUGAUCCUACACGCUACUCAAUCGAUAUUCUAACAAUUGUAUGCUUAAUACUUGUUUUAAUAAUUUGCCUCAUUAUAUCUGUUAUUUGGUUUAUUUUCGUCGAAAAACCAUUUCAACGAUUGAUCAAUAAACAAUUAUCCAACCAUAAAAAGUUUCAUGCAAUUUAAUUCAUCCGAAGACUUUUAUAAUUAAAUUACCUUUCAAAGACUUUUUUUUGUAACAAAAUAAAGAUCUACUGCUUCUAUAUUUUAAUCUAACCAGUAGAAGUAUUUAAAGUUUUAGAAUAUAAAUAAGCAUUUAAUCCAAGUGA